AUGGCUGCCUCCUUUGCUCGCCUGGCGGGCGGUGCGCCCAAGAAGCUCGGUCUUCGCCCCUCCACCUUGACCAGAAACACUGCGAUCCCCAGAUGCCGUUCGAUAUCGACAACCCUUCGUCGGCUAGCGGAGCCUACUAGCUACCAGGCUACCAGAUUGAUUCCGACGGAUCCGACCUUCACACACCUGGCCAACAAGGGUAUUCAGGAGUCCGCAAUUGCCUCGAACCUGGAGUCGCAGGCCGAAGGGACGGACCGCAAAAUCCGCCACUACACGGUCAACUUCGGACCUCAGCAUCCUGCAGCUCACGGUGUGCUUCGGUUGAUUCUGGAGCUCAAUGGUGAGGAGAUCGUUCGCUCGGAUCCUCACGUCGGUCUGCUUCACCGUGGUACCGAGAAGUUGAUCGAGUACAAGACAUAUAUGCAGGCUCUGCCCUACUUCGACCGACUGGAUUAUGUCUCCAUGAUGACGAACGAGCAGUGCUUUUCGCUGGCUGUCGAGAAGCUGCUUAACAUUGACAUUCCGGAGAGAGCCAAGUGGAUCCGGACGCUGUUCGGAGAAAUCACCCGUAUUUUGAACCAUCUCAUGUCCGUCCUUUCCCACGCCAUGGACGUUGGUGCUCUGACACCUUUCCUGUGGGGUUUCGAGGAGCGUGAGAAGCUCAUGGAAUUCUAUGAGCGAGUUUCCGGUGCCCGUCUCCACGCUGCCUAUGUCCGCCCCGGUGGUGUGUCGCAGGAUCUUCCUCUUGGCCUUCUCGACGAUAUCUACCAAUGGGCCACUCAGUUCGGUGACCGCAUUGACGAGACUGAGGAGCUUUUGACAGACAACCGUAUCUGGAAGGCCAGAACCCAGGGUGUUGGUGUUGUCAGCGCCGCCGACGCCUUGAACAUGAGUUUCACUGGUGUCAUGCUCCGUGGUUCCGGUGUUCCUUGGGAUAUCCGUAAGUCUCAGCCUUAUGAUGCCUACGAUCAGGUUGAGUUCGAUGUUCCCGUUGGCGUGAACGGUGACUGCUACGAUCGUUACCUCUGCCGUAUGGAGGAGUUCCGCCAGUCGCUCCGCAUCAUCCACCAGUGCUUGAAUAAGAUCCCUGCUGGUCCCGUCCGCGUUGAGGACUACAAGAUCUCUCCUCCUCCCCGUGUCGCCAUGAAGGAGAACAUGGAGGCUCUGAUCCACCACUUCCUUCUGUUCACCAAGGGUUACUCUGUGCCCCCUGGUGAGACCUACUCCGCCAUUGAGGCUCCCAAGGGUGAAAUGGGUGUCUUCCUUGUCAGCGAUGGCAGCGAGAGACCCUACCGGUGCAAGAUCCGUGCCCCCGGUUUCGCUCACUUGGGUGGAUUCGACCAGAUCUCUCGUGGUCAUCUUUUGGCAGAUGCUGUCGCUAUCAUCGGAACAAUGGAUCUCGUGUUCGGCGAAGUCGAUCGGUAG